CUUCUGCCCCACCUCUUUCUCGCAUUUGCGUUUUCCCGUUCUCUCUCUCUAUACUCAAUUUCCAAUUUUCAUGUCUUUUGAUGUCGUUCCGUUCUGCUUGUACGACAUCGUUUUCUGCAGACGGCAUUGUUUUGUAUCCAAUGGAUCAUUCUCCAGCUCAUUCCUGAUGCCAUUGCUGUUCCCAUUUUCAAAAUGACUGAUCAUCGGCUUGUCUGUUGAUGAGAAUGGACAGAACGAAAAGAUGAAAACAUUGGAUCUCCAGAAGGGAUAUAUUAGGGUUGGUUGGUUGAGUACUCAAAUAAGCCCGUGAAACCAAAAUUGAGACAGGAAUAAUCUCGAGUUUGGGUGAGUUUCAAUGCAGGCAAGACUGUACUUGCUGGUUUACCGAACAAGUUAAGAAAGCCUGAAUGGUGUAAGAAACUGAUAAGAUAUUUCUCCGAGUUCUGGGCUAGUAGUUCUUGGCAUUAGAGUAAAGGUGCUGAUUUUUGGAUCAUUUACAGAAGAAGAGUUAAGAUCCUUGCAACACGAGCCAUCGCGAAAUAAUACAGAAAUCACAUUUGGUUCUUUGGAUUCGGCAACUUUAAGAUCUGUGGGCAUUUCAAAUACUAGUUUGUCUGAGAUUUAUUCCCCUAAAGGGUAUGAGCUGUUAAGGCCACCUCGAAUAGAAAAUACUUUUAGGACCCCUAGAAAUACUGAAAACACAUCACACUUGGAAGUUCCUUUUGUGCAGAAAAAUGGGUGCUCCAAUGAUACAAGUCCCAUUGAGCGUUAUAUGACAAAAGAACUUAAGUCUGCGUGUUUAAAUUCUGAUAAUUCUUGUGAUUUGUCAAACGACUCAAACCAGCAAAGCAUACAGCAGCCCAGUCGUAAGAGAGUUACUAAAUUGUCAUCCUUCUUGGACGAUGUAGUUUUGGAUGAUUCGACAGAAGGUUUUGACACAGUGGAUUCCAAGAAAAGUAUUGCCCAGACAGCAAAUGGGCCAAAUUCAAUUCCUAAGAAUUUUCUACCUCGAGGUUUAGUCAACUUGGGAAAUCUCUGCUUUCUCAAUGCAACUGUCCAGGCCCUUCUCUCUUGUUCUCCAUUCUUUGAACUUUUGUGUGAUCUAAGAAAUCAUAAUAUACCAGAGAUUGGAUAUCCAACAUUACGCGCAUUUGUUGAAUUUAUCUCUCACUUUGACAUGGAAGAUGAUUCAAGCUCCAAGAGGAAUGAGAAAACUGUACUGGAGACUGGACGACCUUUUCGUCCUGUCAUGUUUGAAUCCAUUCUGAAAAGUUUCACACCAGAUGUUCCAGACAACCUGUCAGGCAGGCCAAGGCAAGAAGAUGCUCAGGAGUUCCUAAGUUUUGUAAUGCAUCAGAUGCAUGCUGAAUUGCUAAAACUUGAUGGUCAAGUUCCAAAUGGAAAAGGGAAAGCGACCUCUUUGGUUUCUUCUACUAAUGAGGGUGAAAAUGAUGACUGGGAGAUGGUUGGGCCAAGGAACAAAACUGCGAUCACAAGAACACAGACCUUCAUCCCUUCAAAAUUAAGUGAAAUUUUUGGAGGUCAAUGGAGAAGUGAAGUGAAGGCAAGAGGUAGCAAAGCAUCAGCAACUAUACAGCCAUUUCUUUUGCUCCACCUUAAUAUUUUUCCUGAGCCUGUCUGUACAAUAGAAGAUGCACUGCGAUUGUUUUCUGCACCAGAAACACUGGAAGGGUACCGAGCAUCAGCAGCUGGAAAGGCAGUGGUGGUUUCUGCUAGCAAGUCUGUUAAGAUUUUGGAGCUUUCUGAGAUAAUGGUUUUGCACUUGGUGCGUUUUAACUAUGGAAGUCAAGGAAGUACCAAAUUGCACAAACCUGUGCAUUUUCCUUUGGAGCUUGUUUUUGGUCGUGAAUUGCUCGUCUCUCCAUCCUCUGAGGGUAGAAGAUAUGAACUUGUUGCAACAAUCACUCAUCACGGACAGGACCCUACGAAGGGACACUAUACUGCAGAUGCACGCCAUCCAAGCGGCAAGUGGCUGCAUUAUGAUGAUUCCUCUGUUACACAUAUUCGUGAAAGUAAGGUGCUGCACGACCAGGCGUACGUUCUCUUCUACAAACAAUUGUAGGUAUUACGGUAUUUAGAAACUGAGCAUGUAUUCUUGUACAUGUAUUUCAUUAUAUUCAGAAGCGAUAAAAAUGCGAUAUAGACUUAUAGUGAUGGCAAUAGCUAGUCAACAAAUAGUGUUUCACCAUUUUCUUGAAACUAGUCACUUGAGAUUUUCUUGCCUGUCAGAGAAAUAUCUUUUCAAUGGAACUUGAGAUUUGGAAUUCGGUGUUGGUGAAUGUCAUUGAUUUAGUUUUACUUCA